AUGAUGCAGUCUGCACUUUAUCGUCCGGUUCUUUCGCUAGCUCGUAACCCCGCAAUCACUCGAUCCUUCUCGGCAGCACCAUCAAUCCUGGGAGCUGGAGAUACUGGUUCUCCCAAACCACGGGGCUUUUUGGCGGAAAAUGAUGCAUUUGUUCGUCGAGAGGCUGCAAGUGAGGCCAUGUACGUUCGGGAACAUGAGAGAGAAAAGCUUGAGUUGCUUCGAAAGAAGCUGAAGGAGCAAAAGAAGCAUACGGAUGAGUUGGACAAAUAUCUUGAGGAACUGCUUGCAGAUCAAGGUGGUGAGAAGAACUAG